UGUUUUACGUCAAAAAAUAAAGAUAACUCGCCUCCCUAUACUCUUCGUCAAAUUAUCCUUCCUCUAUAUAUUCAAUUCAACAUGGCCAACCGUCCUCCUGCCCUUGACAAGCACGUCUUCUGUAUCAAAGACUUGAGAGAGGCUGGCAAUAAGAAGCUUCCGAAGGCGUAUAGAGACUUUCACGACGAUGGAUCAAUGGAUAUGCUCACAUUGAAAGAGAAUGAAACAGCAUUCGACCAUUACAAGAUUCGGCCACGAGUGAUGGUGAAUGUCGACGACAUUGACACUUCAACCACUCUAUUCGGAAGCAAGGUAUCAUUUCCGCUUGGCUUCAGCCCGACUGGAAUGCAGAAGCUCGCUCACCCAGACGGCGAGCUCGCCACAUCCCGAGCGGCAGCCAACACCAACCUGGGCAUGGUGCUAUCCUCAUACUCAACGGUCGCCAUGGAGGAUGUCAUCGCGCAAGGUCAAGAGAACCCUUACGCUAUUCAGAUGUGUAUUCUGAGAGAUCGAUCAUUCGCACUCAAGUUAUUGAAGCGUGCUGAGGAGGCCGGAUUCAAAGCGUUUUUCCUUUCCGUCGACUUCCCCCUCAUCGGCCAACGACUGAAUGAAUCCCGAAAUGAGUUCGUGCUUCCAGAGCACAUGUCCUGGCCGAACCUCAACUUCGGUGGCGACAGCUUCUUCGGCGGCGGCGGUGGCACGUCGUACGACUCAAGCAUGGAAUGGCGGGAAUUCAUCCCGUGGCUUCGAGCCAACACAACUCUGCCAAUCUGGCUCAAGGGCAUCACCACUAAAGAAGACGUCGAGCUUGCCAUCGAGUACGGCGCCGACGGAGUCGUGAUCUCCAACCACGGCGGGCGGCAACUAGACGGCGCGCCCGCGGCCAUCGAUGCGCUGCGCGAAUGCGAGCCCAUCGCGCGCGGAAAGAUCCAGAUUGCCCUAGAGGGCGGCAUCCGACGAGGGUCCGACAUUUUCAAGGCUUUAGCGCUCGGGGCUCAGCAUUGCUUCGUGGGCCGUGUUCCCAUCUGGGGUCUUGCUUAUGACGGCCAGAAUGGUGUCGAGCUGGCCAUGAAACUCCUCCAUCGCGAGCUGAAGACGACAAUGGCUUUGGCUGGGUGUCGUACGAUCGACGAUAUUCGACGAAGCCAUAUCUCUGUGCUUCAGGCUGACCGUGUACUUGCCCGUCUGUAGGGGUGACAGGAACUAGCUCGGUUAACGAG